GAGGAGAAGAGGACAGGAUGAGGACCGCGGCAGCAGCAAAAGCGAUGGAUGAACCGACAGUGGGAUGGGAAGAGGCAGCAGAGAGGACGACAGCAGCAGCAGCAGCAGCGAGGUAAACCGACGAGGCAUGCAAGAGGAGGAGAAGGAGUCGUGCUGUGCUGCAUCACACCAACAUGGAGGCGUACAUCGCGACUGUAGCACGCGUUAGAGAGGAGACCAUUUCAUUGUAGACGAGCAGCAUCAUCACCGUCAUCAUCAUCACCAUCCGUCCGUCCAGCCUGAGCGGAGAGGAGGAGAGAGGAGCAGGAGGAGGAGGAGAGAUGGGCUCCCAGGUGGUGCAGACCCUGCGCCAGGGAGUCUGGGCAUCUCUGACCGGAGGCUGGUACCACGAACCGGACCAGAACAAAUUCAACAACUCCUGCCACCUCUAUCUGUGGAUAUUCCUCCUGAUGUUGCCCCUGUCUCUACAUUUGGCCCUGCCGCCUACAACCAUGGCCCUGAGCAUCUACUGCACCUCCAUCACUGUCUUCUUCAUCCUCAUCAAGAUGGCCAACUACCGGCUGCAUCUGAUGUUCGAUGAGGGUGAGGCAGUGGUCCGCAGCAGCCUCUCUGACCUCAGCAAGGCCCAGGAGAAGAAAAGUAAUGCGUCGGAGGCCUGUUUGCCCACCAGCAUCAGGAAGAGCAGCACGGUCCCAGACAGUGUUGCCAUGACGAUGUUGGCCUGCAAGCGCCCCAGUCCGGUGAUCCAGGUGACGGUGAAACAGACGGAAACCGACCCCGGCCUGAUUGGGGUGGACUGUUCGAAGUCUGAGGAGGGGAAGACGUUGGAAGAGCAGGGUAAGAGUAAUGCAGAGGAGAAGCCUGUGGAGGAAGGAGUCCACUUAAGUCCAGAGCCUUCUCCAGAUGACCUGUCCAGUCCCAAUCCUGACCAGGCCGCCCCGCUGCUGCAGGCGCAGCAGAGGCCUCCAUCGUGUGCGGGAAGAGAGGAGACAGGGACAGGAAAGACGGAUGAGGGGAUAAGUGAAAAUGGAGAUUCAAAAGAAGGAAUGGAUCUACAGAGUGCAGACGGAGAAAAAUCAGAGCAGGGACGAACGGCAGAGAAAGUCUCGGAGCAAGACACAAUAGGGGAGAAAGAGACUGUAGACAGGGAAACAGCUGAUGAAGGUCUGCCUUCCUCGAAGGGGAGUGAAGAGGAGAGUGAGGAGGAGAACGAUGCACAAAAAGAGCUCUCGGAUGACAACAACAACUCCCUGGAGACUCCCCGGGAGAAUCAGGAGGAUUUUAUUGACGUCUCAGAACCUUCUGCACAGGGUGGGCCACUGGAGGAGACGUACUGCUCUGACGAGAUUGAAGUGGUUCUGGUAGACAACUCUGGCCCUGGGCCCGCGUCAAUUCACCUGGAUGACAGUGAUACAGUCAAGAUCAUCAUCACCAUGAGCUGCGACCCUCAGACUGCUGCUCGGCUGGAGGAGAGUGUCAAGCAGAGCAUUCUGGAGAACGCACAGGCUCAGAAGGACGCAGGAGAAUGUCACAUCAAGAUCCCUGUCAUCACCUUUGACUCCCCCGAGGACGAGAGGCAGGAGGUGGAGGGAGGAGAAGAGGUCACGGUCUCAGAGGAAGAGUUGACACCGAAACAGCAACAGGUGACAAGUCAAAGCGAGGAGUUUCAUCUUUGUAAGGAAACGACCAGCUCGGAGUCUGCCACACUCGAUUGUCCAGACCCAGACCAGGAGCGUCUCGGCCCGCCGCUGACCAACGACAGCUUACCGAGCCCGCUGUUGACAAACAGCUCGUCAGGUAUCGACGUCCACUCCCACCCUGACGACACAGACCCUCUGGAUGUUAACGUGGAUUCGCAAGGGUUCCUGCGUCUGCCGCCAGCUCUGGGCCGCUACGGGCCCGGAGGACGGACUCACAUCCGAGGACUGAGCAUGGACAGUGGGAAAGAUGCAGUGCUGCUUUCAGACCGCUCACACAACACAACCAUGACCACUUCCAAGUCAGAUCUGGAAGCAAAGGAGGGCCAGAUCCCCAAUGAAUCCAACUUCUUGGAGUUUGUUUCCUUGUUGGGUUCCCUCAGCACCCGAGGGUGUGGGACCAGCGUGCAGGAAGAAGAGAAGCUGGAAGGCAAACAGGAAGUUGGAGAGGAGAAGGAAGAGAAUCUGAGUAUGAAUUCCAGGCCAGAUGAUACGUUAUCUAAGACCGACACUGACAAAACUGAGAGACCAAAACCACCCACCAGCCUGCCUACAGACACACUGCAGGCUAUGCCACUCACACAGAUCCCAAUCGUCUCCCCGGACAGUCCACAAACAGACAGAGAGAAGGACCCAGAUUAUGACUCCCUGCCCUCACAAACCUCUCAGUCAGAGAGUUCUAUGCUGCAGGUCAUCUGCAGACCAGAGGCUACCAACAAAGAGGAAGCAUACACCUUCCAUACUGUCCACAGGGACAGGCCUCGAAAGCUGUAUGCAGAGAGAGCCCUUAACCUGCCACUAGGAGCUGAGCUCAUCACUGGCAACAUGUGUGACCUGCUGUCGACUUCUUCCAACUCGGAGUGCCAGGACGGACUGGUGGGUCACACGGACUGCCCCUUCCAGCGACGCAUUAUCCCCGCACACAGGCUCCGACCUCGGAGGACGCACCCGGAGAUCUUUCAGGAAGAAGACUCUUUGGAUGAGUCAUCAGACACUUCCACUCAGGAGAAACCAACCAGGAAGAUUUAUUACAAACUGGAACUGUUUCCUGGGAAGUGGAUCAACAUUUUAUAUGACAGACUCACCCUACUUGCUCUUUUGGACAGAAAUCAAGAUGUUUUGGAGAAUCUAGUUGCAGUCUUCAUGGCCUUCAUGGUUUCCUUCCUCGGGUUUGUGCUUCUCAACCACGGCUGCUUCAAAGACUUCUGGGUCUUCCAGUUUUGCCUGGUCAUCGCCAGCUGCCAGUAUUCCUUACUUAAGAGUGUUCAGCCAGAUGCAGCUUCACCAACACAUGGUCACAACCAGCUGGUGGCCUACAGUCGAGCAGCCUACUUCUGUAUAUUCUGCACUCUGAUCUGGCUGUUGGAGCUGCUGUUGAGGCAGAAGGACCUGCCUGUGUCCACGCUGUACGGGGUCACCAUCGUCUGCCAUGAUGUCUUGUGCUUCUUACGAGACCUGUUAGUGGGUUUUACCUACUGCUUUCCAAUCAUCUUCCUGGUUGGCCUCUUACCUCAGAUCAACACGUUCACAAUCUACCUGUUGGAGCAGAUUGACAUGCAUUUUUUUGGAGGGACAGCUGCCACAAGUCUCAUAUCUGCGAUCUACAGCAUCCUCCGCAGUCUGACUGCUCUGUCUCUGCUCUACGGCUUCUGCUUCGGAGCGCUCAAGGAGCCGUGGGAUGAGCAGCACACACCUGCUCUGUUCUCUGGUUUCUGUGGCCUUUUGGUGGUUUUCUCCUACCACCUCAGCCGACAGAGCAGCGACCCGUCCAUUCUGCUAUCUCUGAUCAAGUCAAAGGUGAUGCCGGCUCUGGUGGAGAGUGAGGAAGAGGAGGAGGAGGAAGCUACAGAGAUUAAAGACCCCUUACCUGAGAAACUGCAGAACUCUGUGAAAGAGAUCCUGCUCUCUGAUGUGGUCGUCUGCUCUAUCGCCUACAUCCUCACCUUCGCUAUAACGGCGAGCACUGUGUUUCUGUCUCUCAAGCCCUUUGUCACCAUCGUGCUGUACGCUCUGGCUGGGACUGUGGGGUUUGUCACCCAUUACCUCAUCCCGCAGCUGAGGAAGCAUCACCCUUGGUUGUGGAUCUCACACCCGGUCCUCAAGACUAAGGAGUACCAUCAGUUUGAACCGAGAGAGGACGCUGUGCUGAUGUGGUUUGAGCGACUGUACGUGGGGCUUCUGUGCUUUGAGAAGUACGUGGUUUACCCGGCCAUAGUGCUGAGUGCACUGACCAACGAUGGCUUCGCUCUCAGUCACCGCAAGAAGCUGGGAAUCCACUGUGAUGUUCUCCUGACGACCGUCGCUGGGCUGAAACUCCUGCGUUCGUCCUUCUGCGACCCCAGCUUCCAGUUCCUCACGCUGCUCUUCACACUUGUCUUUUUCCACUUUGACUGUCCACGUGCCUCAGAGAGCUUCCUGCUGGACUUCUUCAUCAUGUCUAUUGUUUUCCACAAGAUGCGUGAGCUGUUGCUGAAGCUCCAUUUCAUCCUGGUUUAUAUUGCUCCCUGGCAGAUUGCCUGGGGCAGCGCGUUCCAUGCCUUCGCUCAGCCGUUUGCGGUGCCUCAUUCAGCCAUGCUGCUGCUCCAGACUCUACUCACCACCGUCUUCUACACACCGCUGGCUCCCUUCCUCGGCAGCGCCAUCUUCAUUUCCUCGUAUCCACGGCCCAUCAGGUUCUGGGAGCGAAACUACAACACAAAGCGUAUCGAUAACUCCAACAGCAGACUCGUGUCCCAAGUGGACAAAGAGACAGGGUGCGAUGAUAACAACCUGAACUCCAUAUUUUACGAGUAUCUGACACGCUCGCUGCAGCACUCACUUUGUGGUGACCUCAUGCUGGGCCGAUGGGGCAACUACAGCGCCGGAGACUGUUUCAUUCUGGCGUCUGACUACCUCAAUGCCCUGGUCCACGUGAUCGAGAUCGGCAACGGGCUGGUCACUUUUCAGCUGAGGGGUCUGGAGUUCAGAGGUACGUACUGCCAGCAGCGAGAGGUGGAGGCCAUCACAGAGGGCGUGGAGGAGGACGACGCGUGCUGCUGCUGCGAACCGGGCCACUUGCCUCACAUGCUGUCGUGCAACGCUGCUUUCAACCUGCGCUGGCUGGCCUGGGAGGUGAUGGCCACCAAGUACCUGCUGGAGGGUUACAGCAUCAGUGAGAACAACGCUGCCACGAUGCUGCAGGUGUACGACCUCCGGAAGCUGCUCAUCACGUACUACCUGAAGAGUAUUGUCUACUACCUGGUCCACUGCCCCAAACUGUCCACUUGGCUGAAGGAUUCCAGCAUCCAGGAGGCGCUGCAGUCUUACACCAAGUGGCACCACAUUGAGCGGGACCCGCAGGUCUUCAGCGUGAAAAUCGAUGAAGACUACGUGCACUGUCUGCAGGGGGUGACGCGGGCCAGCUUCUGCAAUGUCUACCUGGAGUGGAUCCAGUACUGUGCUGGAAAGAUGGAGACGCCUGUGGAAUGUGAUGAAGACUCUCCUCUGGUGACUCUGUCCUACGCUCUGUCCGUCCUGGGGAGGAGGUCCCUCGGCACUGCGUCACACAACAUGUCCAACAGUCUGGAAUCUUUCCUGUACGGUUUCAACACCCUGUUUAAAGGCGACUUCCGCAUCGCCACCAAAGACGAGUGGGUUUUCACCGACCUGGACCUCCUGCAGAAGGUGGUGGCUCCUGCUGUCAGAAUGAGCCUCAAACUGCAUCAGGAUCACUUCACCUGUCUGGAGGAGACUGAGGAGGCGUCCAUCUUGUACGAGGCCAUCACAAACUACCGCAGCAGCCUGGUCAUCUGCCACGAGAGCGACCCGGCUUGGCGUAAGGCGGUGCUCUCCAGCCGCGACACACUGCUCACGCUGAGGCACAUGAUCGACGACGGCACGGACGAGUAUAAGAUCAUCAUGCUCUACAAACGCCACCUCAGCUUUAAGGUCAUAAAGAUCAAUAAGGAGUGCGUGCGAGGUUUGUGGGCAGGCCAGCAGCAGGAGCUGGUGUUUUUGCGGAACCGGAACCCAGAACGUGGCAGCAUCCAGAACUCAAAGCAAGCACUGAGGAACAUGGUCAACUCGUCCUGCGACCAGCCACUGGGAUAUCCAAUGUAUGUGUCGCCGCUGACGACGUCAUACGCAGGAACACACCGCACACUCCGCAGCAUCGGAGGAGGAGCUUUGAGUCUGGAUGCCAUCCGCUCGUGGCUCUGCUCUAAAUGGUUACGGGUGCGUAAGGACAACAUGACCAGCUGUAACAGCGGAGUCAACAUGGAGGACGUGGACUGUGGUGCCGGUGGUUCGUCCUCGCUGAGCCACAACCGCCCGUCCUCUGUCACGUCCAACAGCCUGAGCCUCCACCAGCACAGAGCCAGGACGACACACAGCCACCGACACCACAACGCAGCGAGGAGGGAGUACCGCAGCCGCUCAGUGCAGCCCCAGAGUCAGCGUCCACCUGUCAGCAGCCAAUCAGGACCCAUCCUGGACUCAGGCUCCACCCAUGGGCUCGUCCAACGUCUGUCCAACAGUCAGCUGUCCUUUAACACCUCCAUAGCCUCUAUAUUCUCCCAGGUCCCCCGUCUCUCAGGAGCAGGUGGGAUCAGCUCACAGAUCCAAACAUCACAGCAUCAGCAGCGUUCCAGUCAGGUGUCCUCGUCCUCAUCCACGCUCAGCCUGCUGUUUGGGAAGCGCAGUUUCUCCAGCGGCCUGGUGAUCUCGGGACUGUCGGCCGCCGAGGGAGGCAACACGACGGACACGCAGUCCUCGUCCAGUGUCAACAUCGCCAUGGGGCCCUCACACAGGUCGAGCAGCAGGGCCACACAGUGGACAUCCGAGCCAUACGAGAGCGUAGACGCCAGCCACUCCCACGUCGCAGUCACAGUGAAAGACGGCACACAGUCAGGUGACCGAUGCUGCAGCCAGGGGUUGGACGAGACCCAGGAGGACUCGGCGUCUGCUUCAACGGCUCCGGAGGCAACUGAUCAGAAGACCGUCUGAGAGAGAGAGAGAGACAACACGCACACACGCGCACUCUCACACAUGCUUCUAUACAGAGAGGACUGUAUGAAAAGUUACACAUACACAGAAGAGUACAGAGGACUGUAUGAGAGCAUCCAUGCACACAGAGCUGCCUCCUCUCCUGUCCUCAGCAUGUGGUCUCACCCUGUUGUCUGAAUGUAAACUAGUCUGAAAACGUGAUCUUGGCUCCAGAUGAUGAAUUAAAGACAUUUUUAAAUGA